AUGUCUACUAUCACUUUCGUGGAUCCCCACCUGAGUAUUCAGACAGUUACCGUUACCAGCCUGUCAUCUACCCAAAACCCAACCGUGACUUCUGCUAGUCAGAGCUUCCCAGACACAACCGGGACCCUCAUUUCUACACUGGAGACCGGUGGAAACCCUCCAGUCCAGCCAUUCCCAACUAGCGUUCCAACCAUUUCUUCAGCGACGUUGCAGCCUCUUAAUAGUACUGUCCCCUUUGGCAAUGAGACAGCUACGGGCCCGCGGAGCACUGUGACGGAGACCAUAACACUGCCAUUGACAACCUUCGAGACGGUGGUAGUCACACACACAGUUACCACUGUGCCUGUCCAGACAACCGCUCUGCUCACUUCUGUCACAGUCGUCAAUACUACGAUUACCUCUAAUGGAACGGCCAUCACUACAUCGUCUGCAGGGACAACGGUUGUGACAUCGACAGGAAGUACCUUAGUCGAAACAACUUUCUCCGCGUCUUCGACCAUCACCGGAACUGUGGCCACAACCAUUACCACCGGUGGCUCUCUGACGAACCUUCCCACUGCCACUUCUGACUGUCUGCUGAGUAUGGGCUGUUAUGGGCAGGACAUAUUUCAGCCUAUUGCACUUGGUCAACCUCCGUCCAAUAUUGAGCAACGAAGUGGUCAUCCUGUUCCCCGGCUAGGAGUCAGCAACUCCACAGGACCACUGGAAACCAACAAAUUUUACCAGAACUUCGUCCUGGGCUCCCAGGGAGACCCGAGCUUUGUCAUGCCAUACUCAUUGACGUGGAGCCAAGGUAGUGGCAACGCCCAGAGCUGGGGCAUGGCUAUCUCUCAUGUAGAUGGCAGCCAGAAAGUCUUUGGUCCAGCAAAUACCGCUAUCCCCGGCUCUCCAAACUCCUAUUAUAUCAAUCCGCUAGGCAUUCAGUCACUCAUCCUAUCAGCGAGCGAGUUUGGUUCGAGCACCCUUUUGACGUCGGAUUCCUUGCUGCCAUUCUCUGCAAACAUUCAUCUUCAGCCAUCCGCAGGCUCGUCUUCGGUACUCACUUUGCCAGUGGUUCAAGGAAUGGGCUUCGUCACCGGUCAGUAUGCCAAUCUUCAGCCGGCGUUGCAGAGCAGUGUUUUCUUCCGAAACGUUGCUGCCGCUGGAGAGCCCAAACCUGGCGUAUUCAAGUACAAGGUCACUUUAGAGGACGGAAAGGUCUGGCUUAUCUAUGCUAUUCCGACAAACGGUGUCGCUCCAAAUUUUCAACUCAUCUCCAGUACCCUGCUUGAGGGCAUUUCCAACUGGUAUGGCGACAUUCAAAUCGCAAAGCUUCCCGAUGCCAGCUUCGAAUCGAUCUACGACGAAGCAGCUGGCGCAUACCCGACGGCGGGACAUAUCAGCGGGUAUGCACAUGAUGCCAAAGCUCAAUAUAGCCUCUCGUGGAGCAAAGCUGGUGCAUAUUCAAGCAAUGCCACCCUCCUCAUGUUCUCUUUGCCUCAUCACGUCGACUCAUUUGACUCUACUACCCGCGGAAAUGUCACGGAGAUGCAGCUUCAGACAACCACCAAAGGCAAUGCCACCGCAGUGGUCGCGGACUAUUGGGUGUUGGAAGAGGACGAAAUGCCCACCACUCUUGACUUUAGCCCUUGGAGACCCGGGAACACUACUCAGAGUUUGGUUGCAUUGUCUUCGGUAGCGAUCUCCGCUAUUCAAAGUGUUGCUGCCAUAGAAGCCUCUCAAAACAUGUCUGCCCAGACCAACCUCAACAGCAUGUACUACAGUGGAAAAGCUCUCAGCAAGUUUGCAACGCUUGUCUACACCAUGCACGACCUUGCCGAUCAGCAGGAUCUCGCCAAAUCCGCUUUGCUCGAGCUGGAGAGUUGCUUCGAAGUUUUUUCCAGCAACCAGCAACAGUAUCCUCUAAUUUAUGAUACCGACUGGAAAGGUGUGGUAUCGUCGGCAAGCUAUGUUACCGGUGACUCGGGUGAGGACUUUGGCAACUCCUACUACAACGACCAUCAUUUCCACUAUGGCUACUUCUUACACGCAGCUGCCAUCAUCGGCUAUCUCGAUCCGACCUGGCUCGUUGAGAACCAGGAUUACAUCAAUACUCUCGCCCGGGACGUUUCAAAUCCCAGCUCGCUAGAUCAAUACUUUCCGGUGUUCCGAUCAUUUGACUGGUAUCAUGGUCACUCUUGGGCCAAAGGGCUUUUCGAGUCGGGCGACGGGAAGGAUGAAGAGUCAUCUUCUGAAGAUGCCAUGUUUGCCUAUGGUCUCAAAAUGUGGGGCAAGACAAUCGGCGACGCCUCGAUGGAAGCUCGUGGCAACCUGAUGCUGUCUGUCCUUGCACGCAGUCUGCAGAGUUAUUUCUUGAUGACAUCCGACAACGUCAACCAGCCAGCGGAAUUCAUUGACAACAAAGUGACAGGGAUUAUGUUCGAGAACAAGGUAGACCAUGUCACCUAUUUCGGCACUGACCUGAGCUACAUUGAAGGGAUUCACAUGAUUCCAAUUAUGCCUUUCUCGACGUUGACACGAACACCGCAAUUUGUGGAGGAGGAGUGGACAGCCUACUUUGCGGAUGGUGCGGUAAGGCAAGCAUCAGACAUUUCAGGGGGCUGGAAAGGUAUCGUAUAUGCAAACUUGGCGAUAAUUAACCCAACAGCAGCAUACAACUUCUUCACGCAGUCUGAUUUCGACGCGAGUUGGAUUGAUGGCGGCGCCUCUCGAACGUGGUACAUUGCACUCAGCGCCAUGCUCGGAGGAGUUUCCUGA